AUGUCGAAAAAGAGACCGGGCGUUGAGGCAUCCAAACGGCUUUCCGAGGUGUCGGAUUGUAAGGUAUGGGAGCAAGUCGAAUCACAGUUUGCUCCUCUUCUUUCUUUGGCGCUGAAGGAAGAAAUUCGAGAUUGCAACAAAGAGUACGACAACCUGAAAGCCAAGUUUUCAGCCGACUCUUCCAAGGAUUGUAUUUCCAAAGAAGAACUCAUGGCUAUUGUUAGAUGGAAGUUUUCGGUUGGCAAGAAACGUCCUGCCCUAAUGAAACAUUUAAAUUCCAAUACAGACAAGUUUGUCAAACAGUGCUCGGAAAAUGCGAUUGCUCAUGCUCGAAGCAUUGAGGCGAGUGAUGCUUGGAGUGACGACGACAUCAAGUGCUGCAUAAAUCAUCUCACAGAAUUGAGUGGUGUUGGACCUGCAACAGCAAGUGCCAUCGUUUCCAUGAUUCGACCAGAUGUCUUCCCCUACAUGUAUGACGAAUGCAUCGAUACGUUUCUUCCUCGGAGGACGUACACACUUCCUGUAUACCUGGAAGUGGCGAAAGCGUGCACCCAACUUGCCAACGAACUAAAUGGCUGGACUACUGCUCGGGUAGCUCGGGUUCUCUGGGUUGCUGCGAGAGUGUGUGCUUCCAACGAGGGCAUGAAGGAUUACACUCUGAACAAAUCGAAGACGCUGAAAGAAGAAACAAAUACUCCCGGCAGUCGAUCCAACAAACGACGCAGAAAGUCAUAG